AUGUAUCCUGUCCUGACGUCUAAUCCACCAGAAUUAUCACCAGCUAAUACCAAUUUGACAUCUGCAGCAUCAACAACAACAACAACAACAACAACAACAAACAUGCCCCGUAACAGAAGUGCAUCUACCACAUCAGCUACCAGCCCUCCACCUCCUGCGCUCAUCACUCGAGGAUUUCAAAGUCUUCGUCGUGCUCAUAGACGCCUCUCUAACACGAGCCCAUCGUCGCCUAUUCCAUCUGCCGCAUCACAAGAGAACAAUGCACCAGAUGGUCAACAGCAAUCUCACCAACAGUCUACAGACAUGACUCCUCACACUAGACCGUCCGCAGAGUCUGCUGAUUCUGGAAAUAGUAAUAAUAGCAGCAGUAAUGUAGUACGACCUCGCAUGAGAUUGGUGCCCAAUGUUGGAAUUUCAAGUCGCAGCUUUGUAUUCGAGAUUAUUGACAGAGAGUUGGAACCUGGUGUUAUCUAUCGCAUUGGCCGUUUCUCAGAUAGAAAUGUGCAAGCGGAUAGAUUGUCUUUCAAGAGCAAGGUGGUGAGCCGUAAUCAUGCUGAGCUUUGGACUGAGCAGGGCAAGGUCUACAUUCGUGAUAUUGGAUCAUCGAGUGGUACAUUCUUGAACCGAAUUAGACUCAGUCCGCCUAGUCAUAUUAGUCAACCUUAUGAAGUAAGAGACGGCGAUGCUAUUCAAUUAGGUGUGGAUUACCAAGGCGGUCUGGAGCCCAUUUACAGAGCUGUCCGCGCUCGUGUGGAAUUGAAUAGACAGACACAAAACGCCAACAGCCCAUUCACUCGCACUGCUUUUCAACAAUUGAGAAGCCAUCUCAUUGGCACCAACAUUUCUUCCGGUACAUCGCCUCAACCACCACCACAAGCAGCCUCACCUUCAAACACCAACAACGAUUUCCUUGUCCAACCUGCUGAUUUAGGCCUUCACCGAGAACCUACCAAAGUACAUGAACACUCGAAUGACAUGGUAGCCGACGUCUCCAAUCAAAUGCAAUUAUCCGAGAUGAUGAGUCGUAUGCCUACUGACAUGUCGAGAGCUGAUAUUCAAGAAUGCUGCAUCUGUUUAUAUGCUAUUGCUCCAUUCCAGGCGUUAUUCAUUGCUCCCUGCUCACACAUCUUUCAUUUCAAGUGUCUUCGACCCAUUGUUUUCCAGAAUUACCCAGGCUUUUCAUGUCCGCUUUGUCGUAGUUACUUUGAUUUGGAGGCUAGUGUCGCUGUUGAAGUGGAUGAAGUGUUGGAUGCCAUCAAUGCUGCAAAGGAUUUGAAAGAGAAGCAGCAACAGCAAUCACCCAAGCAACCUUCUGUACCACACAUUGACACGGUCCCUGAAUUGAACGAGGAGGAGGAAGAGGAGGAGGAAGAGGAAGAAGAGGCACAGGAGCGUGAGCCAGAGGAGGGACGUGUUCAUAGUGACGGAGAUGAGCAUCACUUGGAUACCGCUGAAGGGUUAUUGCGUCCUAGUAGCAGUAUACAGUCUGACUUGAGUAGUGAUUUCGAAGAGGGACAUCCUCACGAACCUACAACAACAACAACAACAACAACAACAACAACCGCAGCAGCAGCAGCAGCAGCAGCAGGAGAUGUUGUCAAGACUCGUUUAGAGGCACCUUCUUCAGCAGGCGAUAACAUUACCACACCACCUGUACCAUUUAUUUCUAUUCCAGAAGAUGAAGUAGCCCCUAGCUCAUCCUCACCUUCACCCGCACAAGCGAUCAAUGUCAAUUCAAAUCAUUUGCAAAACUCAUUUGGUGGUCGAACAGCAAAUCGUGGUGGAGAGGGCUUAUUGUCAACUACGUUGGUUGGAUCGCCUAUUUUUGAAACAAAUGUCCUGCCUACAUCAACUGAUAGCAAUGCAUAA